AUGUCUGAUGAAUUUUCGUUGGCAGAUGCGCUACCUGAAAACUCCCCUGCCAAAACCUCUGCUGUGAGCAAUACAAAACCCGGCCAACCUCCUCAAGGCUGGCCAGGUUCCAACCCCUGGAAUAACCCAAGUGCUCCACCUGCUGUGCCAUCUGGACUCCCGCCAAGUGCAACACCCUCCCCCGUGCCUUUUGGACCAACGCCAACAGGGAUGUACCCCUCCGUGCCUCCCACCGGACCGCCUCCGGGACCCCCGGCUCCCUUUCCUCCUUCUGGACCCUCGUGCCCCCCACCUGGGGGUCCUUAUCCAGGCCCUGGCCCCACUGGGCCAUAUCCUACACCAAAUAUGCCCUUUCCUGAGCUUCCAAGACCAUAUGGUGCACCCACAGAUCCAGCUGCAGCUGGUCCUUUAGGUCCAUGGGGAUCCAUGUCUUCUGGACCCUGGGCACCAGGAAUGGGGGGGCAGUAUCCCACCCCCAAUAUGCCAUAUCCGUCUCCAGGGCCAUACCCUGCUCCUCCUCCUCCCCAGGCGCCAGGGGCGGCCCCACCUGUUCCGUGGGGCACUGUGCCACCAGGAGCCUGGGGACCACCAGCGCCGUAUCCUGCCCCUACAGGAUCGUAUCCCACACCAGGACUCUAUCCCACUCCCAAUAAUCCUUUUCAAGUGCCUUCAGGACCUUCUGGUGCUCCACCGAUGCCUGGUGGCCCCCAUUCUUACCAUUAA